AUGUUGCCUUCUAUCACACCCCCGCGGUUUGCGCAUUCGGAGGGAUACACCACGGUAGCGUUUGGACACACUGGCCAGUUCGUGUGCACAGGUGGUAGCGACUCGCUGGUCCGCAUCUUCCACGCACCCAAGGGCGAGCGCGACCAGGAGGCAAUCACUCUCGAGCACCAUACGGACAAUGUGCUGAGUCUGGCAGUGUCCAAGAACAAGAUCCUGUCAGGCGACGAGGAGGGUGUGAUCCUGUCGUUUGAUGUUAGCUCGCGCGACCCCCUGUCAAUUGAGCCCUCAGGCAGCGUGCUUCGCUCGGCACUAUCGGCACGGGACCUCAGCAUCAGCUCUAGUGAGCGACAGGUGGCGGUGGCAGCCGACGACGAGGUGGUCCGGAUCGUGUCACUGCUGGAUAUGUCCUUGCUACACAGCCUGCAGGGCCACCGGGCGCCAGUCACCAGCGUCUCGUUUUCGCCAGACAGCGUGUUUCUGGCAUCUGUGGGGUGCGACGGGUCCUUGCGCGUGUGGGAUAUGCGGGACGAUCCAGCAUGUGUGCAUAUCGACAACAAAAUCACGUAUGUGUGCGAGCCUGGCAACAGCAUGGCGCAGACCAAGGCGCGCUGGAGCCCCGAUGGUCGGCUCCUGGCGGUGCCCUGCAAUGACAAUGGCAUUAGGCUGAUUGAGCGCAAUACGUGGGAGGUUCUGGCAUCGCUGGCUGGCGUUCAUACGAAGCAGGUUACAUGUCUGGCAUGGUCCGGCAAUGGCCGGUACGUUGCGUCGGUUGCGCUCGACAACAAGGCUGUGGUGUGGGAUGUGCAGGCACGCAAGGCGAUUGACUGGAACCCGACCGGCAACAUGCUAGCUUUCACAGACAAUACCGGUGCCAUGUAUAUCUGGGACGAUGUCGUUGCGAUUGACCAGGGACACGCUGCACCCUACAACAAGAUUGCAAUGGAGUCCAGCUCUUUGGCCGGCAGCCUGAAGACGCAGGCGCGGAUCAGCGAGCCAGACUCCAAGCUCAUGAGCGACCUGUUUGGCGAUGCUGCAGCGGUAGAUGAGAUGAUCGAGGAGGCCGAGAUGGAGGAAGAUGCAGAGAUCCUCGAACAGGGCGAAGACACGAACGAUAUGCUUGAUGACUUUGUGGUUGACGAUGACGGCGCUGGGUAUGCGGAGCCCAAGGCCCAGCCGUGGGCGGUUCUGGCCGACCAGCAGACCCGCAGUUUUCAGCCGGGCGCCACACCGUGGAUCAACAGCCGGCGGUACCUGGCGUUCAACAUGGUGGGCAGCGUCGCCGCAGUGGCCCAGGACUCCAGCUACAACACCAUUGAGCUGGAGUUUUACGACAAGUCGCUGCGCCGCGACUUCCAUUUCUCGGACACGUACAAGUUUUCCAUGGCAGCGCUGUCGGAAAACGGCUGUCUGUUUGCCACCACGAGCCGCGAGCUAGCCAACGACCAGUCGCUGCGCGAGCUGGCGGGCUCCGACGACGAGGUCUCGGUGCUGUCGUACCGCGCGUUUGCGUCGUGGUCGACAAACACCGACUGGCUGUUCAAGCUGCCCGAGAACGAGCACCCGCGGUGCAUUGCCGCGUCGUCGCACGGUGUCGCUGCCAUCACAUCCCAGGGUAUGCUGAGGUGCUUCACUCUGGGUGGCGCCCAGAGGCACAUUGAGAGUCUGCCCGACCGCACCGUGACGUGCGUUGCAAACAAGGACAUGCUGCUGAUUAUUCUUGAGUCAGCGGGCUCGAUCAGGACUGCGUCGGGUGAGAAGCGCAUGGAAUACGAGUACAUUCUGAUGACCAUCGAUGGCCAGACGAGGCUGGCUGCUGGAGCCUGCCCGGUGACGCCGCGCGGUGAGAUCGUCUGGGCUGGGUUCUCCGAGGAGGGGCAUCCAGCGACCUGCGACUCCAAGGGCAAUGUGCGGCUGCUGCACAAGUACUGGGAUGCGUCUGAUGCGGCGUGGGUGCCUGUACUCGACACGCGUGCGCUGGCCGCCGCCAAUGGCAAGAAGGAGGCAUACUGGCCUGUGGCCAUCUCCGCCAAGCAGUUCAUGGUGGUUACAUGUCCGCAGCCGCGUAAAAUACCCGCCACAUCCGAAACCCAUCCUGGACGAAUUGGACAUCAGCAUUCCGCUGCUGCAGACCGACACGCAGAUUGGGCAGCACGAAGCACGGCUGUUUAA